AUGCAGGGGAUUAAUGCCAUCAUGAAUGUGACAGCUGUCUACGAUGGAAUAACUCACAACUACAAUGUGUCAAAUGGCACAGACAAUGGGGGCUUGGCUCUCCUGAGCAUAUCUCCCUUAAUAAACCGCAUCGUCGACACCCUGAUCAUAGUCAUCCUCUUCAUCACCAUGGUAUCUCUUGGCUGUACGAUGGAAAUUUCCAAAAUAAAGGCCCACUGCCUCAAGCCAAAAGGUGUAGGCAUUGCACUUUUGGCCCAGUUUGGCAUUAUGCCCCUCACUGCUUUCUGUUUAGCUAAAAUGCUACAGAUGGAAUCUCUCAAAGCUGUGACUGUGCUCAUCUGUGGCUGCUGCCCGGGGGGGACGUUAUCAAACAUUCUUUCCCUUGCUCUACAGGGGGACAUGAAUCUCAGUAUUGUGAUGACCACUUUCUCCAGCAUAGCGGCCCUGGGUAUGAUGCCUCUGCUGCUUUUUAUCUACUGCCAAGGCUUCCCCAGUCUGAAAAAUGCUGUGCCCUACCUUGGCAUCAUCAGUACCCUUGUGCUCACGCUGGUUCCCUGCGCCAUUGGCAUUGCCCUAAACCAUUACCGACCCAAGUACACACCAUUCAUCAAAAAUGGUGGUCUGACGUUGCUGGUGAUCUGUUCCAUCGUACUGUGGACCCUGUCUGGUUUUGCCAUCAAAGACAUCCUGUGGAUGAUCCUCACACCUGACACUCUGACUGUGGCUGUGAUGAUGCCCCUUAUUGGCUUCACGAUGGGUUACAUUAUAUCCAUUUUAUGCAAGCAAAGUCAUAAAUUAUGCAGGACCAUUGCCAUGGAAACAGGAUGUCAAAACAUCCAGCUGUGCCUUGCCAUCCUAAAGGUGACCUUUUCCAUGCAGGCCAUCGGAGCUUUCUUUCUCUUCCCUCUGAUUUACUUUGCCGCACAGAUCACUGAGGGUCUUCUGUUGACGCUGUGCUACAGAUGUUACCGAAGAUUCAAGCCACUGGCCAAGGAAGAAAGUAUACCAAACGGAUCUGUUAUUUAAAGAAACAAUGACAGCACCACAACAGAAGACCCAAUGCUGGAGGAGAAACCCAAGAAGAGCUGAAUCUUACUUACUGAGGAGGUAGUGGCUCAGUGCCUCACUGUCAUUAGAUCCUCUGCAAAUUCUUCAUGGGCAGUGAUGGGGUGAUUAGACUCUUCACUCAGGUCUGUGGUGCUUCAGGAAAGAAUAGUAGAGAAACAGUAAUACUAAUUGUUAACUUUAUAAACACACACAAUGUAAAGUACAGCAAGUAUACGUUAAAGCAGGAAGUUAAUGAUUUAAAAUGA